AUGGAGUCAGGCCUCUCACAAGCCUUUCGGGAAGAACUCACCUGCUUCGUCUGCAUGAGCUACCUUACAGACCCAGUCACCAUAAGCUGUGGCCACAGCUUCUGUCGAGCCUGCCUCCACCUUUCCUGGGAAGACAGCCAGCUCCCUGUCCAAUGCCCUACAUGUAGGGAACCAUCCCAGCAGAAGGACUUCAGAACCAGCAUUGUUCUGAAGAAGCUAGUGUCCAUUGCCAGACAAGCUGGCCUCAUGAAGUACCUGAGCUCUGAGGAACAUCAGUGUGUGACCCACAAGGAGACCAAGGGGAUCUUCUGUAUGGAGAACAGGAUCUACCUCUGUCAGCUCUGCUCUGACUCCCAUGAGCACAGAGGUCACAGACACUGUCCCAUUGAAGCAGCUGCUGAGGGUCAAAUGGAGAGACUUCUGAAGCAAAUGGAAUCAUUAUGGAAGAAAAUCCAGGAAAAUAAAGAGAAUCUCGAGGUAGAGAGAAGGAUGAUAACUCAGUGGAAGAACUCCUUGAUUCUAAGAGAAGAAAUGAUAAGGACAGAGUACAGGAUACGUCAUCAAAACCUCUCUGAACAGGAAGAAGAGCAUAUUGCGUGUAUGAAAGAAGAAGCCAAUUAUUAUUUAGAGAAACUCAUGGAAAGUGAAGCCAUGAUGGUUCAAAAGGACAAACAACUCAGAGAUAUGUAUCAGGAGCUGAUGGCAAUGUUCCAGGAGCCAUAUGUGGUACUGCUCCAGGAUUUUGAUGACAUAUUCAGAAGGAGCGAGUCAAUGCAACUGAUCAAGCCGCUGGCCAUGAAACCAGAAAUCUAUGUCCUAGCCUUCAAUGGACUGGGUCAAAUAUUCACCUAG